AUGGAUUUUGAUGAUCCGGAGUUCCUACAAAAUCUUCGUGAAGCAUUAAGAAACAUCCAAGAAGGUGGAAAUCGAAGGCAACCCCGCCGUGGUGAACAUAGGGUUGUGGAAGAAUUCAAGGUGUCUGAAUUGCCUAAAUUUGUUGGUGGAACUGAUCCUGAACGCUACUUGGAGUGGGAAAGGAAGAUUGAAAAGAAUGUUCGAGUUCAAGGAAGGCUUAAGGCCAAGAGAACCCGUGAAGGCAAAGAAAAAAUUUGUUCUUGGCUUUCUCUAAAACGAAAGCUAAGAAAGAGAUAUGUUCCUUCUACUUAUAGAAUUGCCACUUACAAGAAGAUUGUUGAUUUGAGGCAAGGAAAAAUGAAUGUUGGAGAAGACAUUGAUGAAUUUGAGAAGUUUUCCUUGAUAGGGGAUAUUGAAGAAAUUGAAGAACAAAAAAUGACUCGUUUUCUAAAAGGGUUGAACUACAACAUUGCCAAUGUUGUGGAGUUAUAUCCUUAUGCUGAUUUUGGAACUAUUUGUGGUUUGUGUUUGAAGUUCGAGGGGCAAGCCAAAGCACGUUAUGGUGGGAGUUCAAGUUCAAGUCUCGAAAAUCCCAAGUCAAAGUCAUGGUCCAAGCCCGAGUCUAGCAAUAGACAAAAUUCUGUUUCUACUCCUUCUGGUUCUAGUAGUGUUCCCGUUGCUCCCAAACUUACUAGUGGUACCAAAGAUACUAGUUUGGCGAAAAUUAGAUGUUUCAAGUGUCAAGGUUUUGGUCAUUACCAAAAUGCUUGUCCAAACAAAAGGGUGGUGACUUUAAGGGAGGCCAUUGAAUGUCGUGAAGAGUUGGAGGAAGAAGAGAGGUUGGCGGGUAUUUUUUUGAUACACAACAAGAAGAGGAAGAAGAGGAGGAGGUAG